CACUCGCGAUCCAGCAACCAUAGGCGACGACGACUCAUAGACCACUCGUUGCUGACUGUCGUGAUCCAAAGCACACUUCGCACAGAGACUUUUUCAGUCAAGUAACAGCCAUCGAGGCAGGCUGGUUUUACACGGCAUACGCGAUCGUGUCCGUUUGUCAAAAAAAUAAAAGUGCUUUAAAUAAGAAACACAAAAAGAUAAACAAAGUGAUUGUGUGCGCUCACGUUUCUCCUCUUCUUGAACUUGACAGUGAUUUUUGUUGUUGAUUUUUUAUUCGAAGAAGAAGGCCAUGGGUAUGCGAUCAGCUGCCACUGUGAUUAUUUUUGUCGGGUUUUGUUUUAUACCAGGAGCUCUAUCCAUAAGAAACUCAUCCUGUCCAAGAAUAUGCACUCCACACGGUUUCGGCGAUCCAGUAUGCGGAACAGACGGCUACAUCUACCCGAAUAUAUGCGAACUCAAGAAAAAAACAUGCGGAAAAGGGGUCAACUUAUCCCCUGACCCGGACCUGUGCCACCGCCACAGCGGCUCUAAAUGCGAGCACAAAUGCGGCAACGAAAAAGACCCUGUAUGUGGAACUGACGGUAGAACCUAUUUAAAUCGGUGUAUGCUGCAAGUGGAAAUUUGCAGAUUAGAUAUAGCACUAUCCCAUGUAGGACCCUGUAAUAACAUAAGCGCCCACCGAGAAAACUGCCCUGUAGACUGCAAACAGGCACCUCAGGACGGCCCUGUCUGCGGUAGCGAUGGCAACGUCUACAAGAACACUUGUCAGAUGAAACUGCUCACUUGCGGUCAAGGAGUUGUAAGGACAAACAAAAAAUACUGCCAAACUACGAGGCAUUGCAGGGAGUCCUGCUGGAGAAAUGCUCGUCCCGCGUGUGGUUCUGACGGAAAAUUAUACACCAACGUUUGCAGGAUGAAGUCGAAAAAUUGUGGCAAACACGUAUUUGAGGUCCCAAUGGCGUACUGUGUGACCCAAGAAAGAACUUCACAUUCAAUUGGAUGUCCAGUGAGCUGUCAGAACGAAAUCGAAAAACCAACAUGCGGAUCAGACGGUUUCAUCUACAAAAGCGAGUGCGAACUAAAACUUCUGAACUGCGGAUCAAAUCGUCGUGUAAGCAGAGUGGACUUCGACAAAUGUCGCAACAAGUUGAGCAAAUGCCUGAAAAUUAAGUGUAACAACGAUUUUGAUCCAGUCUGCGGAACUGACGCAAGAACUUACACGAAUAACUGUCAGUUAAGUUUAGCAACGUGCCUUAAGGGUAUCCAGUUCGCUCAUAUUGGAAAUUGUACGGCUCUUAAGGAUCAAGAACCCUGUCCAAGUGAUUGCGACAAUGAAACCGGGGAAGAACCGGUAUGUGGGUCCGACGGAAAUGCUUAUAGGUCAAACUGUCACAUGAGAAAAGAAACUUGCGGACAGUUGGUAAUACAAGUCGACUCUCACCACUGUAGGACUACAGCCCUGUGUAAUGAAAAAUGUUCGGAUGAUAGAAAUUUCGUAUGCGGAUCUGAUAACAAAAUUUACAGGAGUGAAUGUGAAAUGAAACGGGACAAUUGCGGAAAACACAUAUACGUUGUUCCAAUGAAGCGUUGCAUCUCCGGGUUCCUCUUCAAGGGUUGUUCCAAAAUCUGCCCCACUUACUAUGACCCAGUGUGUGGAACUGACAACAAAACCUACAGUAACACCUGUUUCCUGGACAUCGAGAAUUGUCGGUCAAGGUCGUUGGUUAACAUGAAAAACAUGGGCACAUGCGCAGAGCCCAUCAACGAAAUACCAAAAAAUUAUCUGUACUGAUUUAAAUUUAGUUGUUAAAAAACAAAUACCCUAAAUCGAAAUUUUCAUUAUUUAUUAAACCCGAAAUUAUUAUUUAUUUAGCUUGCCUGUCUCUAAAAACC